AUGGAUCACGAUAGUUUAGAGAAAACCACAUCAUCAUCACCUAUGCUCCCGAAGGACGACAAAGUAGUGAUAAUAUCGCCAUGUAACGGCAAGAUCUUGAUUCGCGAGGAUACAGUUCUCCAGGGGUGCGUUGGUUGUGGCAGAGCACAGUUCACGUGUUCCGGGAUCAAAAAACAGUGGUCGGUGUUAUGUUGGGGCCAACAAAUGGACCGGCGGUACUAUUUGUUCCUAACUCUCCUGUCAGCGACGUUCGUGCUAAGUCUCAUUGGAACAAUAUUCUUCUGUUUCACGAACACGAUCAAUGACGCCAUACUGUCCAACAUGGCUAUACGGAACAACUCCAUCGCCUUCUCGAUGUGGCGCCGGCCGACUGUUCGCCCUCUCAUGAAGGUCCACCUCUUCAACUACACGAACUGGCACCGAGUUCGAGAUGGAAUCGAUAACAAAUUUCACGUUGAAGACAUCGGACCCUAUGUUUACUCCCAGCAAUUGGAACGAGUGAACAUCAAAUUUGAAGGCGAUAAACUGACGUAUCAAGAACGGAACAACUUCCGUUUUCUACCGGAACUGAGCGCCGGACCUCAUUUCGAUCAGAUUCGUGUACCUAAUUUGCCUCUGCUGGGCGUAAUCUCCAAAGCUUUGGAACUACCCAACAUCCUCCAGUUCCCAUUGAUCAACUCUCUUCGCUUCGUAAACCAUCAUGACGCCUUUUUGACACUACCAGUUCAUCGGUUCCUAUGGGGUUACGAUGAUGAUAUUAUCAAUACAGCGAAGCCAUUUUUAAGCUUAAAUGGCCAACUCAAGUUCGAAAACUUUGGGCUUUUAGUAACAAAAAAUGGCACCGUAUCCGAUAGAUUGACCAUCAAUACGGGUGAGAACGAUAAGGACAAGAUGAAUAUACUUGAGAAAUUCAACGGCGAUGAUCGAUUGCCGUAUUGGGGCAGCUCUGAGUGUAAUAGUAUAGAAGGCUCCGAUGGAACCAUUUUCCCGCCAUCAAUGUUGGACAAGAACAGAACUCUGUUCGUUUUCUAUGGAAAUCUUUGCAGGCGCCUUCCAUUCAACUAUGUGAAGGAUGUGGAGAUAUCAGAUGGAAUUGAACUACUGCGCUACUCAAUGCCGAAGACUGUAUUCGACGAUCCCGCAAACUACCCUCCGAAUCAGUGCUAUUGCGACAUAGACACAGGCAGUUGUCCUCCAAGAGGCGUUAUUGACAUAACCACUUGCACAAUGGGUGCACCGCUGCUAGCAUCCUUUCCUCACUUCUACUUGGGGGACCCUAAGCUUCGAGAACCGUUCGUGGGCCUGGAACCGAAGCCGGAACUUCACGACUCGUAUCUGGAUAUACAUCCGACUCUUGGCAUAUCGCUUAACGGAAAAUCCAGCCUGCAACUGAAUAUAAUAGUUCGUAAGACACCACUGCUUAACUCGUUGAGCUUUUUGAAGGAUGGCAUGAUACUACCUGUGGCCUGGAUUGAAAUGACUGUCGACGAGCUACCAGAGAGUCUUCGGACACUGGUCUACCACGGCACGUACUCCACAGCAGCAGCCCAAUUGGGGUUGACGGUGUUCUUCAUCCUGGCUCUCAUCGUUUCUGGUUCCUGUCUCUUCAUUAUGUUGGUAACACGAAGAAGGAAGCCGUGUGCUUCCGUUAAAGUAAUACCGACAGAAGAAGCCAAACCACAGUUGUCAUGA